AUGUCUGCUCGCUCCGCCACCCCUGCCUCGACGCCCUCGCUCGUCAACCGCCGCCUCGCCUCCUUGCUCGUGGUCCUCGAGGCUCCGCCGACUGCCGACGCCGCGCUCGAUGUGGUCGAAGAGUGGGCACAAGACUUGUCGCCGCUCGUGCUCGCCUAUCGCAAGGCCUUGGGCGCCAUCCGCAACGAGGAGACGGAGCUGCGCGUCGCCGCCGCCGUCAAGCAACUCGCUGAGCGGGCGUCGGAGUCCUGGGUCGAGUGGGCGUGCGGUGACUGGCCAGAGCUCGCGACCGCCAUCGAUGCCGAGGUCGAACGACGCCUCGAAGAGCAGAAGCGCCUCGCCGAAGAGGAAGCACGCCGCGUCGAAGAGGCCGCGAAGCGUGCGAAGGCCGCCGAGGACCGUCGCCUCGAAGACGAACGGCGUCGAAAGGACGAAGAGGAACGGCGCCUCGAAGACGAACGUCGCGCGCAAGAGGCCGCCGAUGAGGAGUUGGCGCGGAUCGCGGCCGCCGAAGGCCUUCUCGACAAGGGGAAAGGGCGCGCGAUAGUCGACGAGGAGGUCGCCGAGUUGUCGGACGACCCUUCGCUCAAGACUCCUCGGACCGUCGAACGCCCGUUCGCGAUGACGGAGUGCAAUCGUUGCGCCGGCUACCGCUCGGCCCCGGUCGAUUGCGUGUGGGCCGAGAAUGCUACGACCUGCGAUAGGUGCGCGCAGUUCCAACAGGGCUGCUAUUUCGACAAAGUGUCUGUCCUGGGCAAAACAAAGAAGACGCGCGGCGGGGGAUCAACCACGAAAAAGCGCAUUCGGCCGGCCUCUCCUGGGCCUUCGGUCGCGGACGCGAGUGGUUCGAAGAAGUGCCGAGUUGACGAGCCUCCGCGCCCCCUUCUACGACUGCCACUCGAUGGGGCCAGCCGCCUUGGCCUUGAACAAGACGACCUCGACGCGCUCGACCUCGAUGACGAAUCUCGGGGGAUCAUCCGCGUCAUCCGCAAGGAGCGCGCUCACAUCGCUCGCCGUCGAGCGCUCCUCCACGACAUGGACCUCGACCUUCAAAAGAUGGAGAAGGCCGCACUUGCAAAGGGCGGAAUCGGUUUCGUGCGCGGGGCUGUCGACGAUGAGUAG